CACACACACACAGCCUCCCACAUACACACACACACACACACACACACACACACACACACACACACACACACACACACACACACACACACACUGUGCUCAGAGCUAGCAAGGGGCUUUAAACAGCUUCAUACUAAAUAGAGACACCGGGACUGUAACUUGACAUAAUGGAAGAAAACAUGGAUGAAUCUCAAAGCCAGAAAGGCUGUAAGGAGUGCUGUGAGCGAUGUGUGGGCAGUCUGCCCUGGGCCUCGCUCAUUGCUACUAUUCUCCUCUACAUGGGUGUGGCCUUGUUCUGUGGUUGUGGCCACGAGGCUUUGAGCGGCACCGUCACCAUCCUCCAGAACUACUUUGAAGUCAUCAGAGCCCCAGGAGAAACACUGGAUGUGUUUACCAUUAUCGACAUUCUGAAGUAUAUCAUCUAUGGCCUUGCAGCUGGAUUCUUUGUGUUUGGAGUGCUGUUGCUGGUGGAGGGCUUUUUCACCACUGGAGCAAUUAGGGAUCUCUAUGGAGAGUUCAAGAUCACUGCCUGCGGACGCUGCCUGACUGCAUUCCUGAUGUUCCUGGCCUACCUGUUCUUCCUGGUAUGGCUCGGAGUGACAGCAUUCACCAGCCUGCCCGUCUUCAUGUACUUCAACAUUUGGUCCAUGUGUCAAAACACCAGCUUGGUAGAAGGAGCGAACCUCUGCCUGGACCUGCGUCAGUUUGGAGUGGUGACCAUCUCUGAGGAGAGGAAGGUGUGUACAGGAUCUGAGAAGUUCUUCAAGAUGUGUGAAUCAAAUGAGCUGGACUUGACCUUCCAUCUGUUCGUGUGCACACUGGCAGGAGCAGGAGCUGCUGUUAUCGCCAUGGUCCAUUUCCUGAUGGCUUUAGCUGCUAACUGGGGCUAUCUGAAGGACGCCAGCCGGAUGCAGAAGUAUGAGGACAUCAAGUCAAAGGAGGAGCAGGAGCUGCAUGACAUCCACUCUACACGCUCCAAAGAACGUCUCAAUGCCUACACAUAAACACACACUAACCUAACAGACACGCACAAGCUGAUAUAUGCACACACACACACACACACACACACACACACACACACACACACACACACACACACACACACACACACACGCACACACAAGC